GAAGUGAUAUUGGAUAUGGUGAAGCGAAAACUAAAGGAUACGUUCGCAGAUAAAGGACCUGGCGAUGGCAUGUCAAAUCCACCAAUUCACGACUUUAAAGACGAGGAAAAGAGAGAAUUCCGCAAGUGCUUAGUGGCGUGGUUUAAAGAAAAUCAAAGAGAUUUACCAUGGAGAAAACACCUGACAAAUCCAGAUAUUGAUCAAAGGGCGUAUGCAGUGUGGGUAUCAGAGAUCAUGUUGCAACAAACACAAGUGGCCACAGUAAUUGACUAUUAUAAAAGAUGGAUGAAGAAAUGGCCAACACUACAGGACUUGGCAAAAGCAUCUCUUGAGGAAGUGAAUGAGAUGUGGGCAGGUCUGGGUUACUACAGUAGAGGAAGGAGACUGUUGGAAGGAGCUCAAAAGGUUGUUAAAGAAUUCAGUGGAAAGAUGCCAAGGACAGCAGAGACCUUGUUAAAACACUUACCAGGAGUUGGGAGAUACACAGCAGGAGCAAUAGCUUCUAUAGCUUAUGGUCAGACCACAGGGAUUGUUGACGGCAAUGUGAUCAGAGUUUUGUGCAGGAUGAGAGUCAUUGGAGCCAACUCUACAAGUCAGCCAGUCCAGAACAAACUAUGGAGUCUAGCUGAUGAGAUUGUUGAUCCUGAUCAACCUGGGGAUUUUAAUCAAGGAAUGAUGGAGCUUGGGGCAACAGUUUGUACCCCCAAAUCUCCCAACUGUGAUUUGUGUCCUGUGCAGAAUCUCUGCCUUGCUAAGUCUAUGGUAGACAAGAACAAGCUAAGAAAUGGUAAUAAACUUGGUGUCAUUUCAAGAACUUCUGUCCCAGACAUAGAAUGUGCUGCUGACCAGUGUGAGCUUUGUUUACCAGAAAAUGAGGCUUGGGAUGAAAAAGAAGGUGUUCAGAAUUAUCCCAGAAAAUCUGGAAAGAAAGCUGCUCGCGUAGAGAGGACCAGUGUGUGUGUUUUGUGUAAGAAAUCAGAAACUGAGGAGCUACAGUAUUAUUUGGUACAGAGAUCUCAGAAAGGUCUUUUAGCUGGUCUCUGGGAAUUUCCCUCAGUUAAAAUGGAAGAAGAUGAUGAAAAUUCACAUCACACAGUACAUGAAAUCCUCCAAAAGUCCUGUGGACUGCUUGUCCCACCCUCUACUCAGUCAAUGGUCGUGGGUGAAGUAGAACAUAUAUUUUCCCAUAUCCACCAGACUUACAUUGUUCAGUCUUUAGUGGUCAGUGAAUCAGAAAUAGACAGUUCAAAUAUUCAUACAGAGAACGGUCGAUGGGUGACAAGGGAGGAAUUCUCAUCUGCUGCUGUUUCUACCGCCAUGAAGAAGGUUUUGAAAGCUCUUGAAACCUCUAGCUCUGGGAAGAAGAAAAAGAAGCCUACAGAUACUGACAAGAAUCAAAAGUCUAUAACUUCAUUUUUCACAAAGAAGUAGAAUUUAUGUGUUUUAUACUGUUCUACAUGUAUAUAUUUAUACUAUACAUUUGUUUGUUGAAUGAAUGUGAUGUUAUAUUUUUAUA